CUCUCCCUGCUGGGCUGGCACCAGGUCCUGGCAUCCCCGGGACAGUGGGGUGACCCUUCCCUUGUCCCCUCCAGUGUCCUGUCCCCCCACCCCCCACGAGUAUCCCUACUGCUGGACGCUGGGCUGGGGGAUCCCGGGGGGCUGGGGAUGAGCCGGGCAGCCCCAGGGCCCUGGCGGUGCUGGUUUUGGGGUGCAGCACACCCCGGCACCCCCUCGCUCCCAGCCCUAGGGGGGUGUCACAGCUUCAGCCCCGCUCAUCCCUGUGGCCAAAUUCAGGUGCCAUCUCAGUGCCUGAAGCGGCUGAGCCCUGUCUGGCUCGUUCCACUUGUAGAUGGGACUGGUCUGCGCCCCCAAACCAGCAUCUCCAGCCCCACACCUGGGGUUGAUCCUGUCCUGGCUCCAUCAGGCCAGCUCGUCUCCUGCGGGACAGUGUGACACGUGGUGCCAGAGCUGGUGUGAGCCCAGUGGCACGGACAGGGCAUGUGGCGUUGGGUGCAUCGAGCCCCAGGGAGCCCCGUGCCUCAGUUUCCCCUUGUCCCUCACAGAGCUGCCGCCCUCCGAGUUCAUGCAGGUGGCAGAUUCGACGUGGCUGGUGCUCAGCGUCGUCUCCAAUGGCCGGGCGCCCUCCGGCUGCCAGGCCACCGGCGUCACCAAGAUCGCCAGGUCGGUCAUCGCGCCGCUGGCCGAGCACCACGUCUCGGUGCUGAUGCUCUCCACCUACCAGACUGACUUCAUCCUGGUGCGGGAGCGGGACCUGCCGGUGGUGAUCCACACGCUGGCGGGGGAGUUCGACAUCUACAAGGAGGAGGGCGGCGAGUGCGUCCCUGUCACCUGUGAUGACGUGAGCAACGGCUUCCUCAAGCCCAAGCAGGCCGCCAGCCCCACGCUGCACCCCGUGCAGAGCCCCCAGACCCGCUUCUGCGUCCUGACCGUGGCCCCCGACACGCUGCCCGCCAUCGCCACCAUGCUCAUCGACGUCCUCUUCUACUCCCACAGUCCCCCGAGGGAGGCUGGCGCCGGCAGCCAGGACCUCGACUCCAUCACCUUCUUUGCCUUCUCCCUCAUCGAGGGCUACAUCUCCAUCGUGAUGGACGCCGAAACCCAGAAGCGGUUCCCCAGUGACCUGCUGCUGACCAGCUCCACGGGGGAGCUGUGGCGGAUGGUGCGGAUCGGCGGGCAGCCCCUCGGCUUCGACGAGUGUGGCAUCGUGGCCCAGAUCGCGGAGCCGCUGGCCGCCGCCGACAUCUCGGCGUAUUACAUCAGCACCUUCAACUUCGACCAUGCCUUGGUCCCCGAGGAGGGCAUCGCCGAGGUCAUCCAGCUGCUGCAGCAGCGCCAGGAGAGCGGCAGAUAGCGGCUGGCUGUCCCCAUGCCGGGUGGCCCGGCACGGUGGCACGGUGCACUCCCCCCCUUCCUCCCCCCUAUAUUCAUUAUUUUUUAAUUUUAAGGCUUCCCCCCGACGCGGGGCAGAGCCGGGUGCUGCAUCACUCCCUGCCUGCUGGGGCUAUGGGGACAUGGUGGCUUCAGGGACCUGGUGGCCUCAUGGUGGUGGGACAGUGUCCCGUGGGAGGGGGGAGCCGUCCCCACUGUGCCACCCCCGUGGGUGAGGCCGAAGGGCAGCACCGUGCCAUCCUCUGCCCCCAGGUUGGGGGGCUCGGGAGGGGAGUGGGUUGUCCCCCAGGGACCUGCUGGAGGAGGGGACAUGGGGGGGACAUGCCAGUGAGGGGUGACGUGGUGCUGCAGUGCUGGGGGUGACAGCCUGGGGCUGGUGGGACGUGUCCCCACACCCUGUGUGUGUGCCCACAGGUGGUCCUGUUGGGUGAGGAGGGGCGGCCAUGAUGCUGUGGGUCACCCCUGAACCAACUCUAUGGAGGGGGCGAAACCAUCCCUGGACCUGGGAUUCCCUCCUGCACCCCAAAAAUCUCCAAGGCAGAGAGGAGGGGGGUUGUGGUUCACCCCCAGCCCUGUGUCCCCUCCGGGGUGGCCCUGUGCCCCUGCCUGGGCUGUUGUGGGGGGAUGACGGUGACCCCCCAUCUCCUCCCAAGCUGUAUUUUCACAUAGUUUUUAUAAUAAGUCAUUAAAAGUCCUAUUAUUUUUA